UGACGGCGAAUGGUAGGUUUUCAUGAAAGUAACUAUUGCUAAUGCAAGUACAAUGAAUUUGUCAAAAAGAGAACGAAUUAUUAUCAAUUGACAGAUAUUUUUUUUCUCCAUUCAGUUGUGGAUGUACGAUUAUAUGGGUGUUUGUCAUUUAUCGUAAAAAUGUGUUUGCACUAAACGAGUAAAGAAAACUCUGCUUCUCGUAUAGGAAAAUAUACGCUGUAUGUUAUUUCUGUGAUAAGUGUUGAUAACAAGAAGGAAAGUGAGUACAACAUGAGUGGGAGUGAAGUAUCGGUUACUAUAGGUUAUGAUACAGCCGUAGAUGAGAAGUACAGUGUUUACGCGAGUAUCUCCUUUGCUGUGCUAUUGUUGGGUGUAGGAGUUCCACUUUGGUGGCACACUACUGCAGUUCCGCGUGUAUCGCUUCCUUACGCUGGAAUCGAAGCACUCUCCGACCUAGACAUCAAUAUUAAAACGAAAAUUGUCGUCGUAGCUCUGUCUCGAGAUCGAGCUGAAUCCUUGGUGCACCACAUAACGGACGCUUUUAAAAAUUCCAGUAUCUGUCGGAUAGAAGUUAUUUACCAUGUGAUAUCCAGUAAUCUAGUAACUUCUGCGUUUACGCAUCAUGAACUAGAGAAAAUAGCAUCGGCUUUCGACCUGGACGUCGGACAACUUCUACUUUUGGAAACAAACAACUUAAACGAUGCAGUUCUCGUCGGCUCGAAAAGAACCAUUUACUUUUCUACAGAAACCACUGCCUCCACUUUGAUUCAAGUAUUAUCGGAAUGGGUGUUGCUUGAAAAGUCACUGACUUUAACGAGAAAUGCACUCACCGAACCAACUCUUUACAGCCUAGAUGAGGAAAACAGGAGAAGGUUCCCGGCUAGCCCGGCUUACGAUGUACUCAUCACUGUGGUCAAUCCAGAUCCAGAAAAAAUGAAAGUUGCUUGGGAUCUCCGCGUGAUGGCCGAGGAAUACGUCGAACCAUUUCUCUCUGAGCUUUCGAUUCUGAGUAACUUCUCUGUCAAAUCACAGUGGUUGUAUUUACUGCCAUUGGAUGUCAGCCCGAAACGAGUGCCUGAUAGUGGCCCAUUAGGUAGACAUUUUGCAUUAUCAGAGGACGUUUUACCUCAAUUAAUUACACCAUUGGAGAAAAAACUAGCCUCACAGGUUAGUCUCCAUCCAACUAUCAAUUUCGUUAUUUAUGCUGUUCCUUGUGACAGCGCUCCGUUACAUAUUUACACGCGUUCUGGACAUCGAUCGAAAAUUAACGCUAACGUCGAAGCGUUUCUUUCUCCAAGAUGGGGUGGUGUAGUUUUGAUCAAUCCACCCGUUGAAGCUUGCAUGGCUGCGAAACUCGAUCAACCUGUUACCAUUGUGCCUGAACAGACUACCAUUGUUGGAACCUUUCUUACCCAAUUGAAACUUCUUUUAGGCAUUCCUGAACCGAAAUUCUUAAAUGGUGUUACCGCUGUUUCUUUGCCAGGAUUGAAACUGCGUGAUUGGGAAAUCGAUGCAUUGCUGCGUAUACGCACGAUCGAGCAAUUAACAUCGGCAAAAUUGACUCUGCAAUCGAUUGCACAACUUCUUCAAGAAAUUGGUAACAUUGUGAUUACAGAUAUUGUAGGAAACAGAAUUAAAACAGCCUUACGUUUGGUGGAAGAUUCGGCUCAACGAUUAACGCGUGGCGAUCUAGCUGUAGGUUUUCUGCUGAGUAAGGAAGCAUUUGUUACUGCGGAAGCAGCAUUCUCCGAUCCAACGCUCUUUGCUUUGUUAUAUUUUCCCGAAGAUCAAAAAUACGCUGUAUACACACCUCUCUUCUUACCAGCCAUGGUACCAGUCUUGCUUUCCUUAAAAAAUAUUUAUCGCUAUUAUUUCCGUCGAAGAGUCAAUAAUCCAUUGAAGGAAACUGCACCAGGCCAAAAUAAAUGAGAGCAGCAAGUGUUUUACGAUAACGUCUUGAACCAUUUGCCAAGUUUUUACUUCAUAUUGUUUUUUUCUUUGUCAUUUUCAUUGUAUCCUACUGUCGAGUCAUUUCUAUACAUCAUGCUGUUUUAUCUAGAUAAAAAGUCGAUGAAACAAACGUCGCAAAUAAAAACAAUAUUUUUUUAUUGUACAAAGAAAAUGUUCAUCAAGUUAUAAAAACAGCAUAAAGUGUGGGAUGAGUCAGUGUGUGAAUGAAAAAGAUAGGGAGAGGACUGAGUGAGUGAAAAAUUAGGAAAGACAGGCAAAGACGAAAAGUGAGGAGGGACGGGAAGCGGCAGAGAAUGCGCUGAACUGUUUAAAUUAUUUCAACCAAUAUCGAAUGAGUUUAAGAUAUUUUACAUACAGUUAAAUUUCACUUUUGUUUGUCCUGCUUAUUUCUCGUACAUAGAUAGAAUUCUAGAAUUACAACUUCCUCGUAAUUUCUGUUAUCCACGGACGAAAUACGGAUCCGCGUUAUGCGUCACAGCAUACAAUAUAGUAUAAAGUAGCGCUAGAUAAAGGUUUCUGUUUGUACACAGGUACGCGUCUUUUGUCCACAUUUACGCACACAAAUUUAAUACUAUCAAACGUCUCCCACGCAUGCUCAUACAUCCGUUUUAACAAAUUUCAAAUUAAUUAUCAUUAGAUCGUUAGAAACAGCUAAUAAUCUAUGUACAAUACACGUAUAUCAAUCCUCAACCAGUUAUCAAAUGGUUACAAAAUUAUUGAGUUGAAUCACUAUAAAAUGUAUGUUCAACUACCGCGAGAAAAUUUCAAAUUCAAGUUAGUUUAAUGUAGCUGACUCGAUACGAGCAACUUCAUGAAAAUGAAAUCCGUUGCGUGUUCGAAAUGUAAA